ACUUACAAACAUGGUCACAUAUAUAGUCUAUUUAGAUAUAGAACAGUACAUACUUAGUAUUGAACAAAAUGUGUGCUUAGAUAUCGCACUGCAAAAUGUUUUCAACUGUUAUACUGACAUAAUAAAUGUGCAAUCACGGACGGUUUAUAGAACUGCAUCAAAUGAAGGAAUAUUGUUAAAGUGAUAAAUAUUGUAAUCAAAGAUAUUGUAAAAUGUAUUGGCUUUUAGUUUUAGUGACAUUCUUAUUGAUAUUGGCAAUUGCUUGGCAUGCAUUACGUAAAAUAAAAGUAGGAAACAUCAGCAGUCGGUACGUGCUAGUAACUGGUUGUGAUUCGGGAUUCGGCAAUUUGCUGACAAAACAGCUAGACUUGCUAGGUUUCCACGUAUUUGCUGGGUGUCUGACACAAGCUGGAGUAGAAAGUGUGAAAAGCGAAUGCUCAGACAAGGUAAUGGCAAUACAAAUGGAUGUUUCAAAUGAUGAAAGCAUCAAACAAACGAUAGAGGUCAUCAGAAAGAAGGUUCCAGCUGAGAAAGGUUUAUGGGCAGUCGUCAACAAUGCCGGAGUUAUAGGUAGUAUAGGUCCAUCAACAUGGCAAACACGACUGGACUACGACAACACAAUGGCUGUGAACCUAUACGGGGUGAUAAUGGUCACGAAGGCGUGCAUGCCAUUGGUUCUUAAAGAACAGGGGAGGAUCAUCAAUACUGCAAGCAUUAUGGGGAGAUUUGCAUUCGGAAGCCCAUCCUAUUGUGUAUCCAAGUAUGGCGUAGAGGCUUUUUCUGACGUUCUGAGACGUGAAAUUUACAGAUCGGGUGUAAGUGUUCAUAUCAUUGAACCAGGAUUUUACAGAACGCCCCUUUUGGACAGAGAAUCAUACAGGCAAAAAGUAAACAACAAGAUAAAACAAUUACCAGAAGAUGUAAAAGAGAGUUUGCCAUGCAAUUUAGCUGACAUGAUGGUGGGAGGUCGUGAUACUUUCCUUGAAAAGGUUGCAUCAUCCAAAGUUAAUGAAGUUGUUGAGGCCUAUAUUGAUGCGAUUAUAUCACAGUUUCCUAAGAGCAGGUACCUUGUUGGUUUUGAUGCAAAGUUCAUAUUUCGCCCAUUGUCAAUGUUACCCGAGUGGAUCAGUGAUUGGGUAAUAGUAAAAAUGUUACCUUGAAUGGAUCAUGGAUUGAGUGGAUCAGUGAUUGGUUAAUGAAACCUAAAUUAAUCAGUGAUUAAGUGAUUUUGAAGUGAGUCAGUAAUUUGAUGAUAAUUAGAAUAUUUCUGAGCAGACCAGUGAUUGGAUGAAAAUGAAAAUUUGCCUCGAGUAGAUCAUUGACUGAGUGAUUGUAAAAAUAUAACUCGAGGUUUUCAAUAUUUGGGUGAUACCAAUAAAUGUUAACUUAAGUUGCUUAGUGAUUGGGUGAUAUUAAAAUGCUCCGCAAAAAACGGAAGUAGCCGAUACCCAAGAGACAUUCUUUCACCAAAAGUAAUCCAUAUCCAAAAAAAAAACAACAACAAAAAAAACAAAAAAAAACAACAACAACAAAAAAACAAAAACAAAGAGAUAUCUGUUUGUGCUAAACGUACACUUUUUGGCAGUUUCUACAGUGAAAGUAGUGUGACUUAUUUCGACUCCAGUUCUACAACUAUAUUUACUAAAACAUGUAAGAAGAAAAACGUGUACAACCCAAUACAAAACCCCUUACACCAGUUUCAGGCUAUUGUUGAUCUUAAAAUACAUUAAAUGAACUCUAUGACACUGAAGGACGAGAAAAUGUUAGAAGUUAAAGUACAGGGACAUAGUUUACGGCCACCACAGAGCAAUUAAAGAGUGUUGUUUUGAGUAUUGAUAAAUCUGCAAGAACAGCCUUUGGAAGUGUACUAUUAAAGUCGAAUUAGACUUUUUAAUCCCCGCCACAAGUGGUGGGGGUUAUAGGAAUGGUCUCCGUCCGUCCUUCCGUCCUUCAGUCCGUCUGUCCUUCCGUAAAAUUUUGUGUCCGCUCUGUAUCUUCUAAACCCCUUGAAGGAUUUUCAUGAAACUUGGGUCAAAUGAUCACCUCAUCAAGACAAAAUGCAGAACCUAUAAGUCAGCCAUGUCGGUUCAAGGUCAAGGUCACAACCCAAUGUCAAAAGUUUGAGCUUCUAUUUCGUGUCCGCUCUGUAUCUCUUAAACCCAUUGGAGGAUAAUCAUGUAACUUGAAUCAAAUGAUCACCUCAUCAAGACGAUGUACAUAACCCAAGAGUCAGCCAUGUCGGCUCAGGGUCAAGGUCACAACUCAAGGUCAAAGGUUUGAGCCUACCAUUUUGUGUCCGCUCUUUAUCUGUUAAACCUCUUGAAGGAUAAUUAUGAAACUUAGAUUAAUGGAUCACCUCAUCAAGAUAAUGUGCAGAACUCAUGAGUCAGCCAUGUCAGCUAAAGGUAAAGGUCACAACUCAAGGUCAAAGCUUUGAGCCUUCCAUUUUGUGUCCGCCCUGUAUCUCCUAAACCCCUUGAAGGAUUUUCAUCAAACUUGGGUCAAAUGAUCGCCUCAUCAAGCCGAUGUGCAGAAUUGGUUAGUCAGCCAUGCCGGCUCAAAAUCAAGGUCUCAACUUAGAGUCAAAUGUUUGAGCCUUCCAUUUUGUGUCCAUUUUGUAUCUCCUAAACCCCUUAAAGGAUUUACAUUAAACUUGGAUCAAUUAAUCACCUCAUUAAGGAAUCAUGAGUCAGCCAUGUCAACUCAAGGUCAAGGUCACAACUCAAGGUCAAAAGUUUGAGCUCUGUAUCUCCUAAACCCCUUUUAGGAUUUUCAUGAAACUUGAGUCAAAUGAUCACCUCGUCUAGACGAUGUGCAGAAUUCAUGGGUCAGCCAUGUCAGUUUAAGGCCAAGGUCACAGCUCAAGGUCAUACGUUUACCCUUUCACUACCCAUACCAAUGGCGGGGAUUUAACUGUCUUUCAGACUGCCUUGUUUCAGAAUAGGAACGUACGUAAUGUCUAUAUCAUGUUCUCUCACCAGACAUUGAUUUCAGUUUAUAUUCUUUAAAGUCUUUUAUGGUUGCAUAAUUCUUGCUUUGAUAUAUAUAGAUAUGCUCCUUU